CUCUCUCUCUCUGCACAUGUGCCUGCGCAGCCCCUCUCUCUUCCCACCGUCUCCUCAGCUGACGUUUUCUGCUGCUCUUUCGCGACUUCCAUCUUCGUCACUCUCUCCCAGCGAAAAGCAGUGCGCAGCGUAAAACCCUAAGCCUAACGACGGCAGCUCGAGUUUUCCCCUCUCUUCCGAGCUGAACAUUGAGCGUCGGAGGCCCUCCUCCGAGCUGGGCAUCCUCCUCACCCUUCGGGAAUGGCGGAUUCGCUCGAGCGCCUGGCCUCCGUUGCCGGAUUGGUCUCCACCAUGUCCACCAAGGAACGCGUCAGGAUAUUCCGAGAUGAACUCCCGCCCUUGUCGAGCAAUCUAGAGAUGUCUGCUGAGAUCGCAUCGCAAUUGGUAGAAAUCAUCUUUAAAACUCUGUUCCUGUAUGAGGAUCUGCGGUCAAGGAAAGCGGUCGAUGCGGUGAUUGUGAAGGCUCUUGGCGAGGCUGCAUUCAUGAAGUGUUUUGCUGCUACCCUUGUUCAGUUUAUGGAUAAGCUGCUUAAAGCUCAAUCUCAUGUGGGUUGUUACAGGCUUCUUAAGUGGUCGUGCAUCCUCUUGAGUUGUAGUCAAUUCGCUGCAGUUUCGAGGAAUGCUGUGUGUAGGGUCGCUGCAGUGCAGGCAUCUUUACUCCCGCUUGUUAUGCGACAGUCGUUUCGGCAGCGAAGAGCUUGCAAGAAGUUAUUUUUUCAGUUAUUUAGUCAGUCAAAGGACAUGUACAAAAUCUUUAUAGAGGAAUUACAGAAUGGAAGGAUCUCUUACAAAGAUAGCCCUGAAAUUAUAUUGUUGUUGCUGGAAUUUGCAAGCGAUAGUCCUUCUUUAUUUGAAGAAUACAAGUCAGUAAUUCUUGGUGUAUAUGCUAAAGCUGUUCUAAAUGCGAGAGAAAAACCAGCACAAGGUCUUAGUGAAGUGUUUCACCCACUCUUUAGACACUUGUCUCAUGAAGACUUUCAAACUACCAUUAUUCCAUCUGCUGUUAAAAUGCUAAAGCGUAACCCGGAGAUUGUGCUGGAAUCUGUUGGAAUUCUCUUAAACUCAGUCAAUCUUGACUUGAGCAAGUAUUCUUCGGAAAUUAUCUCCGUGGUAUUAUCCCAAGCUCGCCAUGCAGAGGAAGGAAGAAGGGUCGGUGCUUUGACCAUAAUCAGGUGUUUGAGUCAGAAAUCUAGUAAUCCGGAUGCUUUAGAAUCAAUGGUCAAUGACGUGAAAGCUGUCAUUGGAGGGUCAGAGGGGAGACUUGCAUUCCCUUACCAGAGAAUUGGAAUGAUCACUGCAUUGCAAGAACUGUCAGUUGCUCCUGAAGGAAAGUACAUUAAGAGUCUAUCUCAAAGCAUUUGCAGCUUUCUUUUGAAUUGCUACAAAGGUGAAGGAAACGAGGAGGUGAAAUUAGCAGUUCUAUCUGCUAUAGCCUCCUGGGCUGCUCGAUCAUCUGAAGCUGUUCAACCAGAUUUAGUUGCUUUCUUUGCUUCUGGCCUAAAGGAGAAGGAAGCUUUGAGAAGGGCACAUCUUCGUUGCCUGAGAGUUAUCUGUGAAAAUGCUGAUGUUGUUAUGCAGAUAUCUUCAUUGUUUGGGCCUCUCAUCCAACUGGUUAAAACUGGUUUUACUAAACCAGUGCAGCGGUUGGAUGGUGUUUAUGCACUUCUUUUGGUUGGAAAGAUUGCAGCCAUCGAUAUUAAAGCAGAGGAGACUGUGACAAAGGAAAAGAUAUGGUCCUUGGUCUCUCAAAAUGAACCUUCUCUUAUUCCCAUAUCUAUGGUCUCCAAACUACCAGUGGAGGAUUGCAUGGCGUGCAUCGAUCUUUUUGAGGUUUUGCUUGUGGAACAUCAGCACAGAGUGUUGGAAGCCUUCUCAGAUAGGUUACUAGUACAGUUGAUACUCUUUUUGAUUUGUCAUUCAAGUUGGGACGUUCGAAAAGUGACUCAUGAUGCUACCAGAAAGAUAAUUUCAGCUCUACCGCUAUUAUCUGAAGCUCUUUUGCUUGAGCUCACUAGGUUCCUAUCCAACAUUGGUGAAGGUGCUGCUACAAGUGACACAGAAAAUACACUGGAUACACACUUGCCUAAUGUUCCUGCGGUGGAGGUUCUGGUGAAGGCUUUCAUCAUGGUGUCCUCUGCAACUUUGGCAGCUGCUCCAAGUGUGUGUGUGCAAGUCAUCCUCUGUGCACAUCAUCCAUACAUAAUUGGCUCUGGCAAAAGAGAUACAGUUUGGAAGAGGCUUCAGAAGUGUCUAAAAACGCUCGGUGUUGAUAUCAUUGGCAUUAUUUCUGCUGAUGUGCCAAACGUGUGUAAGGAUUUAUUGGGACCAAGGGGAUUGAUGAAUGCUAAUCAACUGGAACAGCAGGCUGCUAUAUCGUCAUUGGCAACCUUGAUGUCAAUUGUACCUGGUGAUACUUACCUAGAGUUUGAAAAGCAUUUGAAUAAUCACCCUCAUCGCCAUUCCCAUGAUAUGCUCUCAGAAAGUGACAUACAGAUUUUCCAAACUCCUGAUGGAGUACUCUCCAGUGAGCAAGGAGUAUAUGUUGCUGAAUCAGUUACCUCUAAGAACACAAAACUUGCGAAGGGCCGGUUUCGGAUGUAUGAGGAUGAAGAUGGGAUGGAUGAUGUUGCCACUAAACAUGGGGUGAGGAGAGAUCCGGCUAAUAGAGAAGUUUCAGUUGGUGGGAAACGUGAUUCUGGCAAGCCAACAAAGAAAACAGAUAAAGCGAAAAGUGCAAAAGAAGAGGCACGGGAAUUGUUGCUGAAGGAAGAGGCAUCUAUACGUGAGAGGGUCAAGGGAAUACAAGAAAUCCUAACUUUGAUGCUUAGAGCUCUUGGAGAGAUGGCCAUUGCCAAUCCUGUGUUUGCUCACAGUAAACUGCCUUCUGUGGUUAGGUUUGUCAAUCCAUUAUUACGGUCGCUAGUUGUUGGUGAUGUGGCGUAUGAAACCCUGGUGAAGCUCUCCCGAUGUAUCGCAUCUCCUCUCUGCAAUUGGGCCAUUGAUAUUGCUGCUGCUCUUCGCCUGAUUGUGACAGAGGAUAACGACAUGCUUUUGAAUUGGAGGAUUCCAUCUGUUGAUGGAGGGGAGGCGAAUGAAACUCCGUCAUUGGGUCUUUUUGAGCGUGUAAUAAAUGGUUUAUCCAUAUCAUGCAAAUCGGGCGCUCUUCCUGUAGAUUCCUUCACUUUUGUUUUUCCGAUAAUGGAGAGGAUUCUGUUGUCAUCCAAGAAGACUGGCCUCCACGAUGAUGUGCUCCAAAUCAUCAAUUUACAUUUGGAUCCUCUGUUGCCCCUUCCUCGACUUCGAAUGAUAUCGGCUCUUUAUAAUGUCUUGAGCGUUGUUCCUGCUUAUCAAGCUUUAGUUGGAUCAGCAUUAAAUGAACUAUGUCUUGGUCUGCAACCAGAUGAAGUUGCUUCAGCAUUAUAUGGAGUUUAUGCUAAAGAUGUUCAUGUAAGGAUGGCUUGCUUAAUUGCUGUAAAAUGCAUUCCAUCCGUUGCUAGUCGCGCUCUUCCUGAGGAUGUUGAGAUUGCGACAAGGGUUUGGAUUGCAUUACAUGAUGCUGAGAAGUCAGUUGCAGAAGUGGCUGAAGAUAUAUGGGAUCGCUAUGGACAUGAUUUUGGGACCAACUAUUCCGGACUUUUCAAAGCACUUUGUCAUGUCAAUUACAAUGUGAGAUUAGCCGCAGCAGAGGCAUUAGCUGCUGCUUUGGAUGAAAAACCAGACUCCAUACAGGAAUCUCUUUCGACACUUUUUUCAUUGUACAUCCGUGAAGCUGGUUUUAGUGAUGAAAAUGUCGAUUCUGGUUGGCUUAGCCGACAAGGAAUAGCGUUAGCAUUACAUUCUGUGGCUGACGUGUUGAGGACGAAGGAUCUUCCUGUUGUUAUGACUUUCCUGAUCUCGCGAGCUCUGGCUGAUCCCAAUGCUGAUGUUCGGGGAAGGAUGAUUAAUGCUGGCGUUAUGGUUAUCGAUAAGCAUGGAAGGGAAAACGUUGGGUUGCUGUUUCCAAUUUUUGAGAACUACUUGAAUAAAAAGGCAUCUGAUGAGGAAAAGUAUGAUUUGGUCCGGGAAGGUGUUGUUAUUUUCACUGGAGCCUUAGCGAAACACCUGGCGAAGGAUGAUCCCAAAGUUCACACGGUCGUGGAGAAAUUGUUGGAUGUGUUAAAUACACCAUCUGAAGCUGUACAACGUGCAGUCGCAAGCUGUCUAUCUCCUUUAAUGCAAUCAAAGCAAGAUGACGCACAAGUGCUGCUCUCUAGACUGUUGGAUCAGCUCCUAAAGAGUGAUAAAUAUGGGGAACGCCGUGGGGCAGCUUUUGGACUUGCUGGUGCCGUUAAGGGAUUUGGGUUAUCUUGCUUGAAGAAGUAUGGGAUUGUGGCUUCGCUGCGAGUAGCUCUUGUAGAUAGGAACUCAGCGAAAUGCCGUGAAGGAGCACUCAUGGCAUUUGAGUGUCUUUGUGAGAAGCUCGGAAAAUUAUUUGAACCGUAUGUAAUACAGAUGCUGCCCUUACUGUUGGUAUCUUUUUCUGAUCAAGUUGUGGCAGUUCGUGAAGCUGCUGAAUGUGCUGCUCGUGCAAUGAUGUCUCAACUCACUGCUCAGGGGGUUAAAUUGGUUCUUCCAUCUCUUCUAAAGGGUUUGGAAGACAAAGCUUGGCGAACUAAGCAAAGUAGCGUACAACUUCUCGGUGCUAUGGCUUUCUGUGCUCCUCAACAACUUUCUCAGUGCCUUCCCAAGAUCGUGCCUAAACUGACUGAAGUAUUGACGGAUACGCACCCAAAAGUUCAGUCCGCAGGGCAAAUGGCUCUUCAGCAGGUGGGUAGUGUGAUAAAAAAUCCGGAAAUAUCUUCACUUGUGCCUACUCUUCUGAUGGGUCUUACAGACCCAAAUGACCAUACCAAAUACUCCCUUGAUAUUCUUCUCCAAACAACUUUCGUAAAUUCAAUUGAUGCCCCUUCACUUGCUCUGUUGGUGCCAAUAGUACAUAGAGGUUUAAGAGAAAGGAGCGCUGAAACGAAGAAGAAAGCUGCACAAAUUGUUGGCAAUAUGUGUUCAUUAGUUACCGAACCAAAGGAUAUGAUCCCUUAUAUAGGCUUACUUCUUCCUGAAGUCAAAAAGGUUCUUGUGGAUCCAAUUCCCGAAGUACGGUCUGUUGCAGCAAGGGCCCUUGGAUCUCUCAUCAGAGGAAUGGGAGAAGAGAAUUUCCCUGAUCUUGUUCCAUGGCUUCUUGAUACUCUUAAAUCCGAUGGUAGCAAUGUUGAGCGUUCUGGAGCUGCCCAAGGAUUGACUGAGGUUUUGGCUGCUCUUGGUAUGGCAUAUUUUGAGACCUUACUUCCUGACAUAAUCCGUAAUUGUUCUCACCAGAAGGCAUCUGUCCGGGAUGGGUAUUUGACACUAUUUAAGUACUUCCCCCGGUCUUUGGGUGUCCAAUUUCAGAACUAUCUGCCGCAAGUGUUGCCUGCAAUAUUAGAUGGUCUAGCAGAUGAGAAUGAAUCUGUACGAGAUGCGGCACUGGGUGCUGGGCAUGUUUUAGUGGAACACUAUGCAACUACGUCUUUACCUCUACUCCUUCCAGCUGUGGAGGAUGGCAUCUUCAACGACAGUUGGCGUAUCCGCCAAAGUUCUGUCGAAUUAUUGGGUGAUCUGUUGUUUAAAGUUGCUGGAACAUCUGGAAAAGCUUUGCUUGAGGGUGGUAGUGACGAUGAAGGUUCUAGUACUGAAGCACAUGGACGUGCUAUAAUUGAGGUUCUUGGAAAGGACAGGCGCAAUGAAGUUCUUGCAGCCCUCUAUAUGGUUCGAACUGAUGUGAGCGUAUCCGUACGUCAGGCUGCUUUACAUGUUUGGAAGACUAUAGUUGCGAAUACUCCAAAGACGCUGAAGGAAAUAAUGCCAGUUUUGAUGAAUACUCUGAUCAGUUCCCUCGCAUCAUCUUCUUCCGAAAGGCGUCAGGUUGCUGGAAGGUCACUCGGUGAGCUUGUCAGGAAGCUUGGUGAUAGAGUUCUUCCUAUGAUUAUCCCUAUUUUAGCACAGGGGCUGAAAGACCCUAAUGCUGGGAGAAGACAAGGUGUGUGUAUCGGUCUGAGUGAGGUGAUGGCCAGCGCUGGUAGGAGUCAGUUAUUGGCUUUCAUGGACGAGCUUAUUCCUACCAUCCGGACUGCACUUUGUGAUAGCAUGCCUGAGGUUCGGGAAGCAGCAGGCCUGGCAUUUAGCACCCUUUACAAGAGUGCUGGAAUGCAAGCAAUCGAUGAAAUUGUCCCAACACUUCUGCGUGCAUUGGAACAUGAUCAGUCCUCUGAUACUGCUUUGGACGGCCUCAAACAAAUCUUAAGUGUAAGAACUGCAGCCAUUUUGCCUCAUAUACUGCCCAAGCUGGUUCAACUCCCCCUAUCUGCCUUCAAUGCACAUGCCCUGGGUGCACUAGCAGAAGUUGCUGGACCUGGUUUAAACUUUCAUCUGGGCACUGUGCUUCCAGCAUUACUUUCUGCCAUGGGCGGUGACGAUGUGGAAGUUCAAACGGUGGCAAAGGAGGCAGCGGAAACUGUGGUUUUAGUGAUAGAUGAAGAAGGCAUUGAGUCUUUACUUUCAGAACUUCUUAAGGGCGUUGCUGAUAGUCAGGCAUCAAUUAGGAGGAGUUCUUCCUACCUUAUUGGCUACUUGUUUAAGAACAGCAAGCUGUAUCUGGUAGAUGAAGCUCCAAACGUUAUAUCUACCUUGAUUGUUCUACUGAGUGACCAAGAUUCAGCCACUGUAGUGGUCUCGUGGGAGGCUUUGUCAAGGGUGGUUGGUUCUGUUCCUAAGGAGGUACUUCCUUCGUAUAUAAAAUUGGUACGAGAUGCAGUAUCUACUUCCAGGGAUAAAGAGCGUAGGAAAAAGAAGGGUGGUCCUGUUCUCGUGCCUGGGUUUUGUCUCCCAAAAGCUCUUCAGCCAGUGCUUCCAAUAUUUCAGCAAGGUCUAAUGAGUGGAUCUGCCGAAUUAAGAGAACAAGCAGCACUAGGACUUGGAGAGCUGAUUGAAGUGACAAGUGAAAAGGCUCUAAAGGAGUUUGUAAUCCAAAUAACAGGACCACUUAUCCGGAUAAUAGGUGAUCGGUUUCCUUGGCAAGUGAAGAGUGCAAUAUUAUCCACUCUAAGCAUCAUACUAAGAAAGGGAGGAUUGGCUCUGAAGCCUUUUCUUCCUCAGCUGCAGACGACUUUUGUCAAAUGUCUCCAGGACAAUACAAGGAGUGUCCGCUCAAGUGCUGCCCUUGCCCUUGGAAAGCUCAGUGCUCUCAGUCCCAGGAUUGACCCCUUAGUCAGUGACCUGUUGUCCAACUUGCAGGCUUCGGAUGCUGGAAUUAGGGAGGCCAAUUUGACUGCUUUAAAAGGGGUGGUGAAGUAUGCUGGAAUGAAUGUGAGCAGUGCUGUCAAAAAUCGGGUGUACGUGCUCCUAAAAGAUAUGAUUCAUCACGAUGAUGAUCAAGUUCGAAUAUCUGCUGCAGACAUAUUGGGCAUCAUAUCUCAGUACAUGGAAGAUGCCCAGCUGAAUGAUCUUAUUGAAGAACUCCUGACAUUGGGUUCUUCUUCAAGCUGGUCCGCAAGGCAUGGAUCAGUGCUUACGAUAGCAUCAAUGCUCCGGCAUAAUCCUUCGACUGUCUGUGGAUUGCCAUCAUUCCUGCCUACUGUUGACUUACUUAAAGGCGGUUUAACUGAUGAGAAGUUUCCUAUUCGUGAAACCUCAACCAAAGCCAUGGGAAGACUACUACUCCAUCAAAGUCGAACUGAUCCUAGUAACACCAGUGCGCAUUCAGAUAUUAUGUUGUUCAUUGUAUCUGCUCUGCACGAUGAUUCCAGCGAAGUUCGAAGAAGGGCGUUAUCGUCUCUAAAAUCUGUUGCAAAGGUCAAUCCCACAAUAUUAUUGGCCAAUCUUUCAAUUGUUGGCCCUGCACUCGCGGAAUGUUUAAAGGAUGCCAGUAUGCCAGUGAGAGUUGCUACAGAGAGAUGUUGUCUACACACUUUCCAAUUGACGAAGAGUGCUGAAAAUGUUCAGGCAGCACAAAAAUACAUCACUGGUCUAGACGCUAGAAGGAUAUCCAAGUUACCUGAACAGAGUGAUGAUAGUGAAGGCGGCGAAGAUGACGGGACGAGUGGCUAAAAUUUUGGUUGCUGGUCCACUUUAUUUUAUAAUCCUGUUUAUACAAGGUUGGCAAGAUUUAUACAAGGAUGGAUUACCACAGCCAAAUUCUGCUAUAAAUUGACAUCCCAAGGAUGUGGACUGACAGCACGAGGGGUGUCCUCCCUUACCAGGGUCGGUUUCCCUUGAGGCUCGAUGGUCGAUCAAAUGCUCGAUCAACAACAAGCGGUGUGCAUGUGAUACCCGUUUUUUGUACCUUGAAUAAAUAUUGCCAAUUAAGGAGUGCCUUUUUUUUUACUCGAAUUAUGCGCACCGAUAUUUUCCAAGGGUGUUCGGUUUUGAUUCCGCAUCAAGAAUUUUUCUGUCAUUCUUUGCGGCUACUACAGGUCAUUGUACCAACACAGUUUUGAUAGCAGCAGUGUAAACGUGGGAAAACUACUGGCUAACACCUUUUACAAUAUCAUAGUUUCUGCUUUGCCC